GGCUCUUCGAUGCAUUCUGCAACGCGACCGCUCUUGCAUAACUAGAUCAUGCAUCUGCUUAGGGCAGUUGAUCCUGUUGGUAUGGUGAGAUACGCAGGAUAGCAAUUGUGUGUCCAAAGUAUACGCUCUUGAAAGAUCCCCAGAGUUCACCUUCAGUUGCUUAUUCCUGAUCAGCAUCACUUCCUGGGGCGUUCUCACCUCCAGAGUCGGGGUUCGAGAAUGAAAGUAAUAGCAGGAUGUCAUAAAAGUGCCUUACCCCCUUGUUCUGACUAACAAUACUGCACGUUGUAGUCAUGGCUUGUCCCUCCGCACAAAAUUCCCUUAAACGAAGCGGCUUGAAUCCUCCAACAUGAGCAGAAUUUACUUUUGCGUCUGCGGAAGUGGCUGCGGCGGGCUUAUGCACCGACAACGUGUUUUUGGGGAAGCUUUGCCUACCAGGAUCCCACGUUACCACAUUGCUUUCUUUUUUUCGAAUCAUGCGUACCUAAUCGCCUCUUGCUGCAUCGGCGGAAAGGCCUUCAUACAUGUUCUUCGCUUACGCGUCGUGAUACCGUCGUGUCGGGUACUUGUCCUGGUCAUGCUUCAUCCAUUGAAGGGGAAUAGGCAUGUUUGCUUUUUGGACGCCCAGCGACAGGGGUGGCUUCCUCAAGGACAUUCGCCGAUAUACUCGAGAGCUCGUCUGCUUGGAGUACGAGAUGAUCUUUUCGAGGCAUUUCAGCCUGUCAUGCAAGUUAUUACAUUUUUUCUCCCGGUUCUCUGCGAACUUUUGACACCAGCCUGUUCACUGACGUCUUGCCACGCCUGCGCCUGCAUUCGUGAUGAACUUGCUUACCUAUACUAUGCAUGUAUUAUUCUGUUACUACUCAGCCAUGGAAAAUUCAUUUCUGAGGGGGGCUCUCACUUUGCAACCAUGAAAUUCCCAAUUGAGGCUCAUAGGCGUCGGGAAACCUGCAUCCCUUCUAUCGAUGUUGCGAAGCGGUAACGAACAUCCGGUCUUGGCAAGGUACCCUCUGCCUGAAAGGACUAAAAAAAAGCAAUGUGAAAUCAUGCUAUUCUACGACUCACCGCUUGAAGUCACGAGUCAGAUGCUCUUUGGACAUUCUCUUCUCAAUGGCUCAAUAUAUUGCCUCUUUCUUCUUAGUCCGGUGA